UCCGACCCGAUAACUCCAAAGUCCGAACCCAAUAAGUCCAUGACGGAGCCAAUCUUGCUGGUCAAAACCAACUUUCAAAUCAAGAAUGACAAACGUUUACCGCCUAAGAACUCCCCUUCAUCACCUUCAAUUCAAACUUUCAAGACUCUCCAAUGUAUCACACUUACAAAACAAAAACAGGCUUUUUUCAAGCUUUAUAGAAGGAACCAAAAACUCUAUUAUUUCCUACACAAAGCUUCUUUCACAGCUUUCCCAAACUAAGUCUUUAACCCCAGGUUUUCAAAUCCAAGCCCAUUUAACUAAACUUGGAUUAACCAAUGAUUCUAAACAUAGGAACCAUUUAGUUAAUUUGUACUCUAAAUGUGGUGUUUUUCACUAUGCAUGGAAACUGCUUGAUGAAAGUCCUGAACCAGAUUUAGUUUCUUGGUCAUCUUUGAUUUCUGGUUAUACAAAGUAUGGUUUUGGUAAAGAUGCUAUUUGGGCUUUCAUAAAAAUGCAUUCUUUAGGUCUUAAAUGUAAUGAAUUCACUUUUCCUAGUGUUCUUAAGGCAUGUUCUAUUGAGAAAGAACUCUUUUUGGGUAAGCAACUUCAUGGGGUUGUUGUGGUUACGGGUUUUGAUACUGAUGUUUUCGUCGCGAAUACUUUGGUUGUUAUGUACGCGAAAUGUGGGGACCUUGUAGAUUCUAGGAUGUUAUUUGACGAAAUCCCCGAAAGAAAUGUUGUUUCUUGGAAUGCUUUGUUUUCUUGUUACACACAAAAUGAUUUUUUUAGUGAGGCGAUGUGUAUGUUUCGUGACAUGAUUGGUAGUGGAGUUAGACCUGAUGAAUAUAGCUUAUCUAAUAUACUGAAUGCUUGUACUGGGUUAGGAGAUAUUGUUGAAGGAAAGAAAAUUCACGGGUAUUUGGUGAAGCUCGGGUAUGAAUCUGAUCCUUUCUCGUCGAAUGCACUUGUCGACAUGUAUGCAAAAGGGGGAGACCUUAAGGAUGCUGUUACUGUUUUUGAGGGAAUUGUGGUACGUGACAUUGUUUCGUGGAAUGCUAUUAUUGCUGGUUGUGUUCUUCAUGAAUGUCAAUGCCAGGCUAUAGAUAUGUUGAAUCAGAUGAGAAGGUCAGGAAUUUGGCCAAAUAUGUUCACAUUAUCGAGUGCUCUCAAGGCUUGUGCUGCACUCGAGCUCCCUGAGUUGGGUAAAGGAUUACACUCUCUUUUGAUAAAGAAAGAUAUCAUAUUGGAUCCAUUUGUGAGUGUUGGUCUUAUUGAUAUGUAUUGCAAGUGUAAUUUAACCCAGGAAGCGAGGUUGAUCUAUGAUAUGAUGCCCGGGAAGGACUUAAUUGCGUUGAAUGCUAUGAUCUCUGGUUACUCGCAGAAUGAGGCAGACAAUGCAUGUCUAGACCUUUUUAUUCAGACAUUCACCCAAGGAAUUGGAUUUGAUCAGACAACUUUACUUGCCAUCCUCAACUCUGCCGCAGGCUUACAGGUUGCCAAUGUCUGCAAACAAGUCCAUGCACUCUCUGUUAAGUCGGGAUUUCUUUGUGACACAUUUGUCAUAAACAGUCUUGUUGAUUCUUAUGGAAAAUGUAACCAGCUGGAUGAUGCAGCUAGAAUUUUUGACGAGUGCCCUAUUCCGGAUUUGCCAUCAUUUACCUCUCUCAUAACAGCUUAUGCUCUACUUGGUCAAGGUGAAGAAGCCAUGAAACUUUAUCAGAAGUUACAGGACAUGGGUCUUAAGCCAGACUCAUUUGUAUGCAGUUCUCUCCUAAAUGCAUGUGCAAAUCUAUCAGCGUACGAACAGGGUAAACAAAUACAUACUCAUGUGUUGAAGUUUGGGUUCAUGUCAGAUGUGUUUGCUGGUAACUCUCUAGUUAACAUGUAUGCCAAGUGUGGAAGUAUAGAGGAUGCUAGCUGUGCUUUCCAUGAGGUUCGUAAGAAAGGUAUCGUUUCAUGGUCCGCAAUGAUUGGAGGACUUGCGCAACAUGGGCAUGCAAAAGAGGCGCUUCAUUUAUUUGAUGAGAUGUUGAAAGAUGGUGUAUCUCCAAAUCACAUAACAUUAGUUAGUGUCCUUUAUGCAUGUAAUCAUGCUGGCUUAGUUGCAGAAGCCAAGAAGUUUUUCAAAACAAUGAAAGACUCGUUUGGGAUUGAACCAACUCAAGAGCAUUAUGCAUGCAUGAUUGAUGUCCUGGGCCGAGCAGGGAAACUAGAUGAUGCUAUUGAUCUCGUAAAUAAGAUGCCUUUUGAAGCUAAUGCAUCUGUCUGGGGUGCACUUCUUGGUGCUGCAAGAAUCCACAAGAAUGUAGAGGUAGGACAACAUGCUGCUGAAAUGCUUUUUGAUCUACAACCAGAGAAGUCUGGCACUCAUGUUCUUCUUGCAAAUAUUUAUGCAUCAGUUGGGUUGUGGGGGGAUGUCGCAAAAGUAAGAAGACUCAUGAAGGACAGUAGAGUAAAGAAGGAACCCGGUAUGAGUUGGAUAGAAGUCAAAGAUAGUAUUUACACAUUUAUAGUUGGAGACAGAAGCCAUUCGCGAAGUGAUGAAAUAUAUGCCAAACUGGAGGAGUUGGGACAACUAAUGGCUAAAGCUGCUUAUGUUCCUAUGGUUGAUAUUGACCUCCAUGAUGUAGAGAGGAGACAAAAGGAGAUUCUUCUCUCCUAUCAUAGUGAGAAACUAGCUGUUGCAUUUGGGCUGAUUGCUACUCCUCCUGGUACUCCUAUUAGAGUGAAGAAGAACCUUCGGAUUUGCUUGGACUGCCAUACAGCAUUCAAGUUCAUUUGUAAAAUUGUCUCUAGGGAGAUCAUUAUUAGAGAUAUUAACCGGUUCCACCAUUUCAAAGACGGAUCUUGUUCAUGUGGUGAUUACUGGUGAUACUUGAAGGCAUACCACAGUCUAUCUGGCUGCAAGGUGAUACUUGAAGGUGUACCACUCUCUAUCUGGUCACAAGAUCUUGCUAAUGAGCAAGUCUGCAGUUAUUAAUUCCUUUGAAGCUGAUAAUAGAAUGGCGCUGUUCCUUGUUCGGGUGAGGACUUGCUGAUUGACUAUGCUGACUGGGAGGGACCCAAGUGAUCAUAGAGAUGGAGUGUUGCUCCAGCCGACUUUGUUUCCUGGACCUUAUGUGCAGAUCUCACGGUAAAGACAAUUGAUGGCCAAAGUGGGAAGUGCUUAAAGGUGUUAAGUGGACAUCACAGGACUCCUUGGGUGGUUCGUUUCCAUCAAUUGUACUCUAAUAUACUUGCAAGGGGAAGUUUGGAUCAUGAAGUUCGUUUAUGGGAUGCAAAAAGUGCCGAGUGUAUAGGAUCACAUGAUUUUUGUAAUAACCUGUCAAUGAUCUGGACUCAUCGGAUUCUUCAAUGACGCUUGCAACUUCUCUGAGUAACUUGUGGUACCCUCCUCCUACUGUGUAUUUGACGGAUGCUCACUCCACAUAUUGAACUGUUUCAGCAUUCGAACUGUCUAUCAUAUCUCUACCAUUCAUGAUCUGGCCAUCAAUUGCUAGAGGUGAUCCUAGACACUUAAAUUGGGACGAUGGCAGUAAUAUUUAUGAUAGCACUGAUGUUAUUCCUUUUACUUUUCAGAAAAUUCAAACUUAUUUAUUAAUGAAAAUAUUAAGGUGACAUAAUUUCUAUAUUUUUAAGUAUAUAUGUGUGAAGAUCAAGGAAAAGUAGUAGUAAUAGCAAUGAUAAUAUAAUUAAUCAUUGUGGUUUUCAGUAUCAUUAUUAUAGUAUACAAAAGCAACAUAGUUCCAAACUCAUUGGAUUGCAUAAAGUAUCAAUUUUUUAUAUAUUUUUUCCCUCUUAUUAUUCUUUUUCUUUUUUUCUCCUGUGUUCCUCACUGCACUCAUCAGCACUCAAUAUAAUCUUAAUUCUUCACUCAACAUAAUUCUUUUUUACCAUAAGCCUUUUAAAUGUCAAAGUUGUGAUUUCAUUAAUAAAGUAGUGGGUAAACGUGUUUAUAUAGAUAUAACAUAAGUGUACUUUUAUUUUUUUCCACAAAGGAAUCUCUUUUUGUAGAUUCAAGUAAGUUCUUCUUUAUUAAAAAUACAAAUUUUAUAAUGGGGAACGUUAAUGGAAGAGAAGAAAUUGGUGACAAUAGCCAAUCUGGUGUUGAUGGUGGUGGUGGGGUCCAUCAAGAAACCAUGGAUGUUAGAGAUG